UAAGUAUCACUAUACAGCGUCUGCAAGGCUCGUGCACACGUUUAUUUUAAAAAAUAAACAAUAUGCACAUCCUGACGUGUCACGCUGUUCACGAGGGACGUCAACUUCCGGAAACCAUUUCCACUUUUACACUGUUUUCGUGUAAACAGUAAAUCGCGUUGCUUUUAGUUUAACGAACUUUAGCUUCGCGUUUUGUGGCUUCUGUUGAAAAAGACUUGCAUAGCCGUAUAUUGUGUCAAUCGUGUGUAUAUUGAAAAACGACAGUUAACUGUAAGGGUACCACACGCCUGGGUUUCCCUAACGCGAAUCUCCAAUUUACAGGGUGGAUAGUGAAAUAUAAAUAUUCACUAGAGAAGUGCUACCUAAUUGCCCAGUGAACUCGAAAUAUUAUUAAUGUUCAGGAGUUACGCGCUUCCUGAUUGGUCGGUGAAUUUGAAAACUUAUUAAUAUUAUGUUACCUGGCAACGUCCUCUUUUUCCGCCAGACCAAAUAUGGUAACCCUACCGUAAGAUAUCUUGCGUGAGCGUGAGUCUGUCACGCCAGAUGCGUCAAAGUUGUCAACCCUGUUAUUUGAACAAUACGAUCCGUACACAUCUAUGCUCUUCUUUACACAAACAUACUCAGAGUGCAUUCAUUGUGCUCUCACAAUGCACCUUUACAGUGUGAAUUUAAAUUAUUUUAAAGAUUUAAGGCAUUUACAUGCACAAUGAUUAAUCAAUGAUUGUUAUAAUUAUUACUGAUGAGACUUCUAAGCAUUUAUGUAAGUCACUCUAGCUAAGGGCGUCUGCCAAAUGCGGUAAAUGUAUUACAUUUUACUAUGUACAGUGUGUACAUGAGAUCUUACCUUUCGAUUGUCGGUUGUAAAUUGCAUGCCUAAAAAACGACAUAGAGGGGGACGCAUCAAAUGUCACUAGCUGACAUAAGCCCGGCUGUCUUAUACGUCGUGAUGACUAACAGGAUGGCAUAUAUGCACUCUUAGGCUCCUAUACAAUGCAUGAAAACUACCAAACUCAUCCUAAACCAGCCACUAUUAUGUUCACGCACCCAAAGUAACUAUGACCCGCAAAACCAAAUUCAAAACCACCCGGCUUGGCAACAUGAACCACUACUGCCAUCUAAUGGGUAAUCAGUAAAUUACUCUGCAGAUCUGCCCGCCUAUAUUCAAUCGGCUAAAAUGACUGGCGCAGUUUUGUGACGUCAAACGUGGCGACGAAGUGAAUCAAAAACUUGAAAUGUAUUUCUUGACAUAGAAAUAUAGUAAUAUCAUAUAUCAGGACUUGGUUUACUAUAUUGCUAACACUUAACUGUUAAUCUGAGUCUAGGAAGAAAUUCAUAUGCGUGUUUUUUUUGUUAAUGAUAGCUCGUUUCUUUGUAUGAAGUGUCACACGAGUGCGUCGAUUUCAUAGUACCACCAGCUGCUUUUGUUUUUUAUUUUUCACAACUGUAAAAUAAUCCAGGUCACAAUGAGUUUAGCUUUCAGCAGAGAACCCCGCAUGACAGCGGGGAAUCGAAUGUCGAAAUUAUUGGAUGCCGAGGAAGAAGAUGAAUUUUACAAAACCACCUACGGUGGAUUCAACGAUGAAUCUGGAGAUGACGAGUACAAGGGCGAUCAGUCCGACACGGAGGAUGAGGUGGACAGUGAUUUCGACAUUGACGAGGGUGACGAGCCGGACAGCGACCAGGAGGAUGACGAGCCCCGCAGGAAAAGGCGUGUUGUCACCAAGGCUUACAGGGAGCCCAUGAACAUAGUGAAGCCCAGACCCAAGAAGACAUCAGAACUGCCCAGAAGGGUUGAGAAGGUCAAGGUGGACACACUUGUCCCACUGGAUUCGCUUGAGGACAUUGGCGAGAAUCGGAAGUCUGUCCGCCAGUCGACCACGGAGCACACCCGGAUGACGUAUCUGCGGCUGCAGGAGAGACAGGUGGCCCCUCGCCGUCGCAAGGGGGCCCAUCACGACCGGCCGCUCACGCAGGAGGAGCUGCUAGCUGAGGCCAAGGUCACCGCCGAGAUUAACCUCCGAUCUCUAGAGAACUACGAGCGCCUGGUGGCGGACAAGAAGAAGCAGGUGCACAAACGGCGGCCGUUUGAGGGCCCCACCAUCCGCUACCACUCAGUGCUCAUGCCCCUGGUGUCAGACGCCAGCCUGAAGGAGGAAAACGUGGACGUGGAAGGGUUGGACCAAGACACCCCCCAGCCCCCGGCUGCUUUGACUCAGACUCCUUGUGAAGGGACAGUUUCAACCUCCCAGCAGCCACCAGGGGGCCAGUGCGCACGCACCUUCAUCACCUUCAGCGAUGACGAGGCCUUCGAGUCGGUGUUCCCGAGGUCGCGGGGGCCCCGUCCUCCAGUACGAGAGAUCUGCCCCGUCACCCACAAGCCCGCGCUCUACCGGGACCCCAUCACCGACAUCCCCUACGCCAACACCCGCGCCUUCAAGAUCAUCCGCGAGGCCUACAAGAAAUAUGUGGCGGCUCACGGCCUGCCGAAUACCUCGGGGGGCUUUUCGGGGGAUUCAGCGUCCCGGGGCGCCCGGCAGAAGAUAGUCAUCAAGCAGACCAUGUCGGCCACAUAAGCCAGACCUCGGGCUACACUCCUUAUACCUCAGGACUCACGGUUUUACUUUUCCUGGCUGUUUGGAAACAGGUCUUUUGUUGUCUAGCCAAUAAGAACAGACAUUUAAAUGAAGUGGCUUGCGAUUGGUGUAAUGUCAUUAGCCACAAUGGGGCGGCGUUUCACUCCUGGUUCACUCUGAUACCUUCAGAGUAAGGCCCUCUCAGUUGUUUUUUUUUCCCUCGUUCAUUUUUUCCUGUCCCCGAAGAUGCGGGUUGAUGCAUGUCAGCCUGUUUUUCGAUGCUUUUGCAAAGUUUUUGUUCUAGUUUCUUUGCUACAUUAAUUUUUUUAUCUGGUUUCUGUGAUUAAGAAUUGUGCUUUAAGAUGUAAUGAAAGUUUGCUGCAAUGAAAGGCUAAGAUUUUGUAACCUGACCUGACUAUUAAAUAGUUGAUAAAAUAAAAAUGGCUUUUAAAUUA